AUGGCAACAAUAAACCUGGUCGGGAAGGUCACAAGGACUCCUGACAUGACGGCAGUACACAACAAGAUAGCCAUGAUAAGUGCUGACUUGUCUCAAAACGUAAAUGGACAAACACAAGAAAUACAGAACAUCAAGGAUGAACUCAAGAAUUUGACGACGAAUGUACGAAAGGGCAUGGCGGCUAGCGAAGCGGCGACCGUGGCGGCGAAAGAGGCGGCAGAAGUCGGCAAGACGGUAGCAGGCAUGGCAAGAGAUAUUAAGAACAAUGGCAAAUACAACGUACACAACGCUUAUACUGCUCCAUCUCCAGCUCCCGUGCAGCGUGAGAUCAUCCUUAAGAGUGGAGACCUUAGCAUCAGGACAACCACCAACAGCGAGAUGCAGACGCUCCGUCAGUUCACAGAUGACUGGGUACCACGUCUCGGAAACGGAACGUCACCACCACAGAAGGCAAUGUCAUCAAUAGUCAUCGAGUUCACAAAGCCAGAAGACGCCAACAGGAUCAUCGACGAGAAUUUGGUCUGGCAGUGCGAGAUGUGCCCGGCCGAGCGAUACGAGAGGCAGUGCCGACUAAAGCAGUGUUUCCAGUGCCAAAAGUACGGCCACAUAGGAACCCAAUGCAAGGCAGCGAAAACAUGUGGCUACUGCGCGCAGGAACACAGUUACUGGGAAUGCCCGACGAAGACAAAUCUGGAAGCCGCUAGGAAGUGUGUCAUAUGCCACGGCACACAUGAGGCCUGGAGUCGGGAAUGUCCAACCAGGAAGGAGGAGGUAGCCAAGAUUAAGGCGAUCCUCGCAACCCGUCCCAAAUACCACACCCGACUUUGA